AAAUGUUUCACAUUAGAAUAAAAUUUGUUGUAGUAGGAUUUAAGAAGUUCCACAUUCUAAUAACAAAAAAGGAGAACUCUUUCCUAAAUAAAACACAAAUAAUAAUAAACUAAUCCUCAAGAUGAGAGAAACUAAGAUUCAGAAGGUUAAAGAAUUUGAAGCACAAUAUUUAGUAAGUACUAAUUAAACUAAAAAACGAAUUGGAAAGGUGAUUAUGUUGUGGAACAUAUGACUCCUACAGAGGGCUCUCACAAAGAGGAAAAAAGAAAAGACACCUGUAAAGUAGUAUAUGGAACCUUCCAGAGAUCCGUAUUGAGAAUGGCAUUAAAAUGAACGCAUGUGAUCGCAGUGCUACCCCAGAUAAAUGAGAUUGUAGUAUUAACAGUUUAAACUACUGAUCUCACCUAUGCCCUAUGUCCGUAUGACUCAGGAAAAGCUGCUGCCUCAUAGGAGGCAGUGUGUCAGCUGUUGUGCUUUUAUCUCAUGGACCAGAAUAGCCUUCACACUCGUUGAGGGCUUAACCUAUAUAUAGGCUUCUAGAUAGAGUUUGGUUGAAAUGUUGGGACAGCUGAGGAAGUCUGCUUACCAGGCCCUGCCUCAUUUUUCUGAAUUGGACGCUGACACAAGGGGAGCUGGUGUAAAUACUGUCUGAAGAACUAAAGAGAAUCUAGGUUAGAACAGAACUGAAGAAGCCAUGGCUCUGCCGAUAGACCCCAUGGAGGAGCCUCGACUAUACCAGCAGACGCUGCUGCAGGAUGGCCUCUGCGACCUGCUGGAAAAUGACACCAUGGUAGACUGCGUGCUGAAGAUCAAGGACAAGGAGUUUCCCUGCCAUCGCCUGGUGCUGGCUGCUUGUAGCUCCUACUUCCGGGCGUUUUUUAAAUCAGGCGUAGAAGCAAGCAAACAGCAUGAGAUUGUCCUGGAGGAUGUUGAACCUGGCGUCAUGGGUAUGAUUCUAAAAUACCUCUACACGUCAAGCAUCAAUGUGACCGAGCAAAACGUCCAAGAUAUCUUUGCACUCGCCAACAUGCUCCAAAUCCCUUCCAUUUUUACAGUAUGCGUCUCAUUUCUUCAGAAGCGCUUGAGUUUGAGCAACUGCCUGGCAAUCUUUCGCCUGGGACUGAUGCUUGACUGCCCUCGGUUGGCUGUCUCAGCCCGGAAUUUUGCCUGUGAGCGUUUUCAGCUGAUAUCACGAGAUGAGGAAUUCCUACAGCUCAGUUCCAGUGAAUUAGGGGCAAUCCUGGCCUCAGACUCACUGAAUGUGGAAACAGAGCAGGCCGUAUUUGAGGCUGUGAUCAAGUGGGUGGGCCAUGACAAGGACAAGCGUUUUGAGGAACUCCCAAAACUACUGGACUGUGUGCGCUUCCGACUCGUUCCUGAGGACUUUUUCACAGAACAGGUGGAGCAACACGAGUGGCUGAGAUCUAACCCUGAAAUUACCAAGAAGCUGCAGCUGGUUAAAAACGCUUAUGCUGGACAACUUCCAGAGGUUAAGAAGACAAAUAAAAAACUCAAAGAAAAAAAGACAGAAGAAGAUGGUGAAGAGGAAGAGGAAGAUCAGGAAGAGUUACUUCCUGGAAUCCUGAAUGAUAAUUUAAGGUUUGGCAUGUUCCUCAGAGACUUAAUAUUUAUGAUAACUGAUGUCAGUUCAGUGGCUUAUGACCCAACUGGAAACGACUGCUAUAUGGCAACAAUAUCCAACCAGGUUCCAAAAAAUCACUGCAGCAUUGUAACCAAAGAGAACCAGAUUUUUGUGGUAGGUGGACUUUUCUUCAAUGAAGAGAAUGAAGAGGAACAGCUUAGCUCAUACUUCUUACAGUUUGACUCUGCAAGUUUAGAUUGGAUUGGAAUGCCCCCCAUGCCCUCACCGCGCUUUCUGUUUGGCAUGGGUGAAGCAGAAAACUGCAUCUUUGCAAUCGGUGGGAAGGAGUUAAACGAGGGAGAGCAAACUUUAUGCUCGGUCCUGGUUUAUGACAGACAAAAUUUAAAAUGGGGAGAGUCGGUUCCACUUUCCUAUGCGGUAUAUGGCCAUGGAACGGUGUCUCAUGAUGGAAUAGUGUACGUAAUAGGAGGAAAAGGAGACAGCAAACAGUGCUUGAACAGUGUUUGUGCUUAUGAUGUAAAGAACGCUAAAUGGAAGGAUCUUGCACCCCUGAAGACGGCGCGAUCGCUGUUUGGCGUCACUGUUUAUAAGAACAAGAUCUAUGUGGCUGGAGGUGUUACAGAGAACGGCCUCACUGACACCGUGGAGGUUUACGACAUAAAAUCGAACAAGUGGUCUGAGUUUGUGGAGUUCCCUCAGGAGCGCAGCUCACUCAGCCUGAUCACUGUGGGUAAUAGCAUCUAUGCUGUUGGUGGCUUCGCUAUGUUUCCCAGUGAAAACAGUGAAGAGCUCACACCAAGAGAGAUGAGUGACAUUUGGAGGUAUGACGAAAGCGAGAAUAAGUGGAACGGCGUCCUGAGAGAGAUUCGCUACGCUUCAGGUGCCACAGUGUUGGGUGUUCGUCUAAACACACUGAGACUCACUAAAAUGUAAAACAAUUGUUUGUGUUCACUGAAGUCCCAGCAUUUUAUUUUGUUUCUUUUUUCUAUUUGUAUUUUUUUUUAAGUUUGGCUUCAUUAGAUAGCAGCUGUGAUUUAUAAAAA